AUGUCCAUGUCGCCAGCUGAUAUGCAGAAGCUCCUGCAAGAAAUCGAGCAAAAGGCCCAGUUCUGCCAGCAACAAAUGGUCAUUGUCAAGACCCAGAUGAACACCAAGAACCGCGAGAACCGCAUGCUGCAGCUGACUGCUGCCGAACUCGACGGUCUGCCAUCCGACGCCAACGUCUACGAAGGUGUCGGUNUUGUCGCAAGCCCAAAGACCUACGUCAAGGUGCGCCUGACAAAAGACCAAGAGACCAUCAAGAAGGACAUGGAGGGCCUGGACAAGAAGAUGCACUACCUCGAGACGACUUUCAACAACAGCAAGUCCCACCUGGAUGCCAUCUUCAAGAAUGGCGGCAGAUGA